CUCAGCAGCAAUAACACGCCGAGGGCGCAAAUCCCCGCGAUCCCCACGCCAAUCGGAGAAGCGAGCCGUCGCCGAUCGAUUCACCACCGGACCCAAUCACAAGUAAACCUGCGCCGGGAAACCAAAUCCUUCUAAAUUCCUUCGCGACGCGGACCGCAAGCCGAAGGCGCGACGAUGUCCGGAGCGGCGGACUACCAGGAGAUGGUGGCGUCGGUGCCGCCCUCGCUGAAGGCCAUCACGCUGACGCACGUUCGCUACAGCCGGGGCGACCCGCUGGGUCUCUUCCUCGCGUGGGUCUCCCUCGUCCCGGUUUUCAUCAGCCUCGGCGGUUUCGUCUCCCACUUCCUCUUCCGUCGGGAGCUCCAGGGCCUCUGCUUCGCCGCAGGGCUCCUCGUCUCUCAGGCCCUCAAUGAGCUCAUCAAACACUCCGUCGCGCAGUCCCGCCCCUCGUACUGCGAGCUGCUGGAGGCCUGCGACUCCCACGGUUGGCCGUCCAGCCACUCGCAGUACACGUUCUUCUUCGCCACAUACCUGUCGCUCCUCUCCCUCCGCCGGUCGCGCGCGCGCCAGGUGAUCGCCGCCGUGCCAUGGCCGCUUGCCUUCCUCACCAUGCUGUCCAGGGUCUACCUAGGUUAUCAUACCGUCGCGCAGGUUUUCGCGGGAGCAGUAGUGGGCCUCGUGUUUGGUGCUAUCUGGUACUGGAUUGUCAAUACCAUGCUUGUUAAUUACUUCCCAAUGAUUGAGGAGAGUGCAAUCGGGAGGUGGUUGUACAUCAAGGAUACAUCUCAUAUUCCAGAUGUGCUCAAAUUUGAGUAUGAUAACGCAAGGGCAGCACGGAAGAAAGUUGCUACUGAUUGAUCUUGUUAUGCUUCUGGAUUGCAUUUUGCUGUUGUUAAGGCGCCUUAUAAGAAUUGUGCAUGAUAUUUCCUUCAGUUAUGCUACACACGGGCACAUCUGCACAUGUAGCAGCAGCAACAUUCAGAGAAGAAAUGCUCACCGGAGCUUGUUUGAUUUAGCUCUUCCUGGGCAUACGCCACUUUGUUUUUCCCCGUAUCAGUCACUAGCCAGACAUUAUUUUAUUAAAGGUUGUUCGACUAUAACUUGAUAAUUGCUUACAUUUGAAAAAUGACGUG